AUGGCUGCUUUAGGCUUUAAUCUUGCCAGCGGGCAAGAUCUUUUCAGCAUUGACACAACAGAACAAUCCAGCUCUAUAACAAACUGUGCCCUUAGUGGGGAAGAGGUCAGGCAGUUCUACGAAAAUGUAAUGAAAGAUAGUCAAGGGCAAGACAAAUCAAGGAGGAGAGCAACUAGCAAGGGUGAUAAUGGCAGAGAGACCAAUAGAAGAGAGAGGAGGAGAACCAGGGCAGCAGAGAUGCAGCAGGCUCAAACAGACUCUGUGGUUCAUAGAGGGAAUAGUAGUGAACGUGAAGGCAACACAAGAAGACAUGUCAUCUCAGAAAGGACCAUGGAGCUCCUGGGGCUCAGGUUUCUGCGCUGUGCCAAUGAUGGCGACAUCUCUGGCCUCAAAGACCUGCUCUCAAAGGGUGUUGACAUCAACUUCCAGGAUACUUACUUUUGGACGGCAAUGAUGUGUGCAAGCUGGUCAGGACAAAGAGCAGCGGUGAGGCUGCUGCUGCAGAACGGAGCCGCCUGGGUCGGAGUGGUUGACACUCAGGGCAGGGAUGCCAAAGACCUGGCGCUGGAAGCGGGCCACAAUGAGUUAUUGGAGGAGUUGGAGAGCUAUGGGACAAGUGCAGAGAGAGACCCUCAAUCUGAUAGCAGUGCCUCCCAGCCUCAGUGGUGCGGUGUGUGUUGUAGCGAGUACAGCAGCAGCCUGUCGUCACAUCUAUCCUCCACUCUUCAUCUGUUCAGUCUGCGGCGUGCUCCCCCCACACCCUACUACUGCCUCCCCCCCUCCAGCAACAGCUACAAGAUGAUGGUUCGCUGCGGCUGGGAACCGGGGACAGGGCUGGGGCCGGAGGGCGAGGGGCCCAAACAACCAGUGCCAACGGUGCUGAAAAGAGACCAGGAAGGCCUGGGAUAUGGACACAUGAAAAGAGCCAAAGUGACUCACUUCCAACCCAGGGACUCUGCCGCAGUGAAACGACCAUCACAGGAGAAACAGGAAGGCAGAGGCAAAGGAGAGAGGAAGGAAGAUAGUAGGAGAAAAGAACAAAGAGACAAGACCUGGGAAAGAGAUUUCCGUGCCUCUUUUUAUCUUUGACACCUGCUCAAAGUGACUUUUCAAAAUGUUUUCUUUUCCAGACGCUUCUAAAAGUAUCUCUAAAACAUUAAACAGAUCUUUUAUGAAGAGGUGUGUUAUUAGCUGUGAACAGCAGCUCUGUAGGAGGCUGGACAUUUGAGAUGGAAGUCAAGUGAGUGAACGCAUGAUGAGAGGAUGCAGUGGCGUACGUUGUCACAGAGUGCAGGUGUGUGUAAAGGUGCUUGGAGGUGUUUUUCCACUUUGACUCUACCUCAGACCUGUUUCCGUAUUGUGCAACGACCAAAUAUGGCAUUGAUUUAUCUUCAUGAUUUUGAUUUAUUCCAUGUUUCAUACGGUUUUCAUUUAUUUAAUAUACAUCCACUCAUUACGGUUCAUUAACCAGGAAAAUAAAUGUCUUUAAUAUAAAA